CUCACCGAUUCCUGGCUCCUGUCCCCCGGAGGAUCUUCUUUCCCACCGUGACCCGGACAUUGUCAAGGCUGAGCACGCCGGUACGCUCGCUGACUGUGUGCCCGCCCAUCUCACCUAAUCUGCGUCGCCGAUACCAUCACCGGUCCGUCGUAACCAUUCUCAGGCACCCUUUUUUUCGUGCAGCAUCUCAGUGGAGCAGGGGGAGAGCUUUAAAAAGCCCACUUCGCCAUGUCGUUCGUCAAAGCCCUUCGCAGCUCUAUCGCACCCGCCGUCCGCACGCAUCGCACUGUCCCCUCUUCUCUCCUCGCGUCCACCCGAGCAGCUCGUACCGCAUCCCCCUUCGUCCACCAGCAGACCCGCACAAUGGCUUCCGCGCAGUUUCUCGAAGAGAUCAAGAAGCGUCGCACGUACUACAACAUCUCGAACAAGUCGCCCAUUCCCGACGCGCGCGUCGAGGAGAUCGUGAAGCAGAUCGUGUUAAACGUCCCGUCGUCGUUCAACUCGCAGAGCAGCCGCGUCGUCGUGCUGUUCAAGAAGGAACACGAGAAGCUAUGGGACUUCGCGUCUGAGAUCCUCAAGCCGAUCGUGCCCGAGCAGCAGUGGCCGACGACGGCCGGCAAGCUCGCGAGUUUCAAGGCUGGGUACGGCACGAUCCUCUUCUUCGAGGACCAGGUGCCCGUACGCGAGCUCCAGAAGAACUUCCCGCUCUACCAGGAGUCGUUCCCAGCAUGGUCAGAGCACACCAGCGGCAUGAUCCAGUUCGCUACGUGGACAUCACUCGAGCUUGAGGGCUUUGGUGCCUCCCUCCAGCACUACAACCCCCUCAUCGACCAGAAGGUCAAGUCGGAGUGGAACAUCCCCGAUAGCUGGAACCUCAUCGCGCAGAUGCCCUUCGGCACGCCGAGCGCGCCGCCGACGGAGAAGAAGUUCUCGCCCAUCGAGGAGCGCGUGAAGGUUUUCGGCAACUUGUAGAGGUGUCGCGACGUCUUUCGGCGGCCGGAUAAGGGCUCGUCCGCGCUAGAUGAUAUGGACUGAAUGUGGAUUAGUAUCAUAGACGAGCGCAAGUGUAUUUUGACGAGCCCGAUGAUGUUAACAAUUCAGUGAAACUUACGAUGGCAUGCCAGCGAUCGAUGGCUUUCUCCAUUCGGGCUUUGUGGGACAUAGAGAGCGACGCUGCGACUCGGGUCCGCUGUAACUCUGUGCCUGUAAUAUCCUGGCCAUUUCAAGCUUCACUGUUCUUCAAGAUCCGUCAUCUUCUACCUAAAGAUA